UGGCACUGGCACUUGGGAUUUUUCGAUGAGAAUCAGCUGCGCCCCGGUAAAAUGGCAGGAAUGUUGACACGAUGGAAGUGUUGUCUGCACAAUCAGCUCAUUUUCUUGCUUCUUGUGAUACUGGCCGAGCAGAUAUCGGCGAUAAAAGACGUCAUCUACGCCAUAAACGCCGGCGGUGAGGCGCACGUGGACGUAAACGGGGUCAAGUUUGAGCGUGACCCGCUGUUCGGCAAAGUUGGCACAGCAUCGGACUAUGGCAAGCAGUUGCUGAUCGGCCGCGUCCACCAGCACGAUCACAUCCUUUACCAGACUGAAAGGUAUCAUCAUAGUACCUUCGGCUACGACAUACCCAUCAAGGAAGACGGCGACUACGUCCUCAUCCUCAAGUUCUGCGAAGUUUACUUCCGACAGCCGAACGCGAAGGUGUUUGAUGUCGUUUUAAAUGGUGACCACACCAUAAUCCCUGACCUGGAUAUAUUCAGUAAGGUCGGUCGAGGGGUCGCUAAUGAUGAAGUAGUGCCAUUCAGCGUCUCCAAUGGAAAGCUCUCUAUAAAAGGCGAAGAGUCUGAGAUCAGGGGAGGAAAAAUUAGAGUCGAGUUCAUCAAGGGUUACAGAGACAAUCCAAAAAUCAACGCCAUUCUGGUGCUUAAGGGUUUAGUCGAAGAUGUGCCAAAUUUGCCUCCAGUGUCUGAUUACGAUGACGACAUGCAGGAAGAAGUUGAGGACUUCCAGCGCGCAGCCAACGCACAGCCAGUAAAAAACAGAAAUCCGUCGGGACCCCGGACGCCUGACCCAUAUUCGAUUGACGACUCGUCAAUGAUGCUGCCAGUCUUCGUGGCCAUCGGUGCUUUUAUACCGUUGUUAUUCUGCCUGUGCAAACUGUGAGGGUUGAACGGCCGCGAACUAUAAGGGUGGGUGGUCUGUUGGACACACUCGGUAUGAUGUAAAUGCCUUAAUAUAUACAAGUUCCCAGUGACAAUUACGGCAAACCAGUCCACACUAUCAGCCACAAUAACUAGUUAAAGCUGUUGUCGUUGUUGUUGUUUGCAGCAGUUUUGGCACAAAUUAAUGCUUGUUUUUAUUUGAUUCGUGGGAGACCACUGCUUUUUUCAGACAUUGGAUUGUACUUAAAGUAAUCUCACUUGAACACGUUUGAUAAUUAUUUUGCCUUUCUACUUAUCUUAAGCUCUGGAGGACCUGUUGACAAUCUACAGAUUUUGACAGACUCCCCCAGCAGAGCUCAAUCUAUGGUUGUGUUUUAAUUUCUUAAAUUGUCAACUGUUAUUGAUUUUUCGUUGCACAAUGUGUAAUUUUCUCUCAAAAAUUUGAUUUGUUACAACGGGAUUUGGUCUUGGGCUACAAUAGAAGUUGACAUCUCAUGAUUUGGCUGUUACUCAAGGCCUGACUGUGCAAUUUAAUUUAAUAAGUCCAUCAACCAGUCAAAUCAUUGCCUAUAAAUUUUUAGCAACAAAGACUACAGUGUCCAAUUUUGUAAGAUUUUGGAUCUUGAUUAUUUUGAUUUGCCUCAGCCUGCUCUUAUUACAUCUUGCACUUUGAACUUUUUCCAGAGGUUUUGCACCCAAUUAAUUGCUAUCAAAGCACACAAACUGAAUUUUGGUUAAUACUCUAAAAGUUAUUUUCUCAAAGAGAUGUGAUCAAAUGGUAUAAAUCUUAGUUUCGAACUGCUUAUUACCAUACAAGUCCACGGACAUAAACUAAUUAUUAUUUCUACUAGUCCAUUGAAGAAGCAAAUGCUAACAUGCGGAAUGGAAAGGAGUGGCACAAAUUUUGAGUUCAAGUGUUUGAUUUUUUACUUGCCAUUGUAAUGUCAUAUUGAUGCAGAAAUUUCAAGAAACACGCACUUGAGAGCAAAAUAAUUAUUCAUGUUAAUUGAUGUUUUAAUUAUUAUUCACCUCGAAGAUGAAAAGGUUGUCUGUCGAUAUUGCUUUGCUGCCCAUCCAGGGACUUGGCAUGUUAAGUGUGAAAUAUCGGUACUUUCCAUGUGUGCGAAAGGAUGUUGUGUAUGUGUCGGGAAUCAGCACAAAGAAGAAACUAUUUUGUGACCUGCGAGUGUUUUUACCAAGGUCUCUUGCCACUUUGCAAGUUGUGAUCAUUGUUUUUAAUUUUUAUUAAUUGAUGUAAUCACGUUUUUCCACUGUUACUUUUGAAUUGAACUCUUGCGUUUCAUUGCCAUGUGUUCUUUACAUUGGUAUUUUUGAAAGAUAAGUCAAAAUAAAACCACAGGUUUUUGUUUAA